AUUAAACACCAAGCGCUGUUCCAAUGAAUUGAGCGAGGCGUGUGUCAAUGUAUUGUCGUAUACACAAUAUAACAGCAACAUCACAGCUGAGCCCCGCAAACACUCACUCACUCACCCAGCCGGCUGCGAGCAGAGCCAUUUUAACGAGCGUGGAGCGUGGAGCGUGGAGCGUGUAGCGUGGAGCGUGGAGCUUGGAGCGUGGAGCGUGGAGCGUGUCUCGGCAAUCGGUCAUGGGGCUUGGCUGCACCAUUGGGGAAGGUAAAUCCAGGGAGCCUGAAACCGGCAUCAGGGCAGCCGGCACGGAGCUACUGGGUGUCCUGUUGUCCGAAACGGAGCCCCGCCAUGCCGAGGACAUCCUGAAACACAUGCACAUCUUCUGCCAGCGCAGACUCUUCACGGACGUGGUCCUCCUGGUGGAGGGGAGGGAGUUCCAUUGCCACCGAGCCGUCCUCUCGGCCAACAGCAUCUACUUCUGGACCAUGUUCUGCAUUGGACUCAACGAGAGCCACCAGGACACGGUGGGCAUCAAGGGGGUCUCGGCAGACACCAUGGACUGCGUGUUGGACUACAUGUACGGGGGCUCCAGGGCCAUUCUGGAGGACAACGUGCAGAGCCUGUUGGAGGCAGCUGACCUCUUCCAGAUGACGGGCCUCCGGGGCAACUGCGAGAGGUUCCUGGAGGAGCAGCUGGACCCAUGCAACUGCCUGGGCAUUCUGAGCUUUGCCCACAGCUACUCCAUCCCGGCCUUGCUGGACAAGAGCCGCAGGCUUCUGCUGGAGAGCUUCGCCGAGGUGAGCCAACACGAAGAGUUCCUGGACAUGCCCAAGGGCGACUUGCUGGAGCACCUGUCCAGCGACCUGCUGGCCGUGGCCCGCGAGGAGACCGUCUACGAGGCCGUCAUGCGCUGGGUCAGGCACGACGUGGACACCAGGGAGGGCGCCCUGCCGGAGCUGCUGGAACUGGUUCGAAUCCCCCUCCUGGAUCCCAUCUACUUUGUCGAGAACGUCGAGGUGGACCAGUUGAUCCUGAAAUCCAAGAAGUGCUUUCCCUUACUGCAAGAGGCAAGGAAGUUCCACAUCUUCGGCAACGAGAUAUCGACUCCCAGGACAAGACCACGCAAGUUUUCCAGCGUGGCCGAGGUGAUCCUGGUGGUGGGCGGCUGUGAUCGCAAAGGCCGAGCAUCGUUGCCAUACACCGAACGGUACAACCCGACCUCCGGCAGCUGGGCGCAGCUGGCCAGGUUACCCGACUACACCAAGUAUGAGUUUGCUGUUUGCACUCUGAAGAACGACAUCUUCCUCUCAGGUGGGCAUCUGUACAGCAAGGAUGUGUGGAUGUACAACUCUCUGCUCAACGUCUGGCUCAGGGUGGCUCCUUUGAAUAAAGGAAGAUGGCGGCAUAAAAUGGUGGCCUUACACGGCAAGCUCUAUGCGGUGGGCGGCUUCAACGGUUUUAGCCGUAUGUCGAGUGUCGAAUGCUACAAUGCGGCCCAGAACCGCUGGACCUUCCAGGCUCCGUUACUGGAAGCUGUGAGCUCGGCGGCCAUUACCACCUGUUUAAACAAAGUCCAUGUCAUCGGGGGAGCUCUGAACGAUAAGAAGAAUUCCAACAAGGUACAAAGCUACGACCCACUGCAAGAUGAAUGGAUGAUUACGAGCUCCACUCCGUUUGCUCAGCGCUGCAUUAACGCCGUCAGCCUGAACGACACGUUCUACGUCAUGGGCGGCCUCAUGGAGUGCGUGUACAAGUACGAUCCACCACAAGACGUCUGGACGAUAUUGAUGCAUAUCCCAGGACCACUGGAGAACAGCGGACUGACGGUGUGCGAAGGGAUGCUCUACAUCUUGGGGGGCAAGGACGCGAUGGCGGAGGGCACGGACCGCGUGCUGUGCGUGGACCCCGUCUCCGGCGAGCUGAGCCACGUGUGCAACAUGCCGCGGUGUGUCAGUUACCACGGCUGCGUCACCAUCCACCAGCAGGUGUGAUAUAGCCGCUGCUGACAUCUCGUCCCCCUCUCCGGACAAUCGGAGGUGACGCCAAGGCAUCCACCCCCCAUCCUGUUACAAGCCGGGCCGUUGGGGAGGAUUUAGUCAUAGAGUGAUACAGUGUAGAAACAGGCAACAGACAAUAGGUGCAGGAGGAGGCCAUUCAGCCCUUCGAGCCAGCACCGCCAUUCAAUGUGAUCAAGGCUGAUCAUCCCCAAUCAGCACUUCUCCCCAUAAUCCCCUGACUCCGUUAUCUUUAAGAGUGCUAUUUAGCUCUCUCUUGAAAGCAUCCAGAGAACCGGCCUCCACCGCCCUCUGAUGCAGAAAAUUCCACAGACUCACAACUUCUCUGUGCGAAAAAAUAUUUCCUCGUCUCUGCUCUAAAUGGCCUUACCCCUUAGUCUUAAACUGUGGCCCCUCGUUCUGGACUCCCCCAACAUCAGGAACAUUUUUCCUGCCUCUAGCGUAUCCAUACCCUCAAUAAUCUUAUAUGUUUCAAUAAGAUACCCCCUCACCCUUCUAAACUCCAGAUACAUGGAUAGGACAGGAUUGGAGGGAUAUGGACCAAGCGCAGGCAGAUGGGACUAGUGUAGCUGGGACAUGUUGGCCGGUGUGGGCAAGUUGGGCCGAAGGACCUGUUUCCGCACUGUAUCACUCUAUGACUCUAUAGGUUCUAAGAGCAGAAUUAAGCCAUUCGGCCCAUCAAGUCUACUCCGCUAUUCAAUCAUUGCUGAUGCACCUUUCCCUCUCAAUUAUCCCCUGACACCUGUACGAAUCUAGAAAGGAAAGACUACACGAGGCUGAAUGGCCAAAUUCUGCUCUUAUGAUCUUAUGAUCUACGGGGCUAACUGUGACAUGCCUCGCCAGCAUAGAAUAUAUUUCAGAAGUAUCUUCUGUAUGUGCUCAAAACUGUGAAGUGUUACGUCUUAAAUUUUAAGUUUUAAGUCUUUUUAAAUAACGUUAGUGUUGGUUUGGUACCUCAUUGCAUAUUAAUCCCACAUGUGAACAAGAUUUUUUUUUUAAUGGCGAAUACUGGCCCUGUGGUUUGCGGGUCUUCACCGCCCCCCUAGGGGGCGCUCUCUGCCCUCGCUGGUUCCGCGUCAUUCAUCUUCAGCUGAGGAUAGACCGGGUGAAGAGCCCAGGGCGGCCCGGUUGACGAUGAAGAUUUCAGCUGCAUCGCAAACGAUACACGUAUAACGGUGGCGCGGCGGUAGAGUUGCCGCCAAACGGUGCUCACCGCCGCACCGGAGACCUGGGUUCGAUCCCAACGAGUUUGUACGUUCUCCCCGUGGGUUUUCCGGCUUUAGGGCAGCACAACAGCAUAGCUGCUGCCUUACGGUGCUCACACAGCGCCAGAGAUGGGGGGUUCGAUCCCGACUACGGGCGCUGUCUGUACGGAGUUAGGACGUUCUCCCCGUGACCUGCGCGGGUUUUCUCCGAGAUCUUCAGUUUCCUCCCGCACUCCAAAGACGUACAGGUUUGUAGGUUAAUCAGCUUGGUAUGAGUGUAAAUUGUCCCUAGUGUGUGUAGGGUAGUGUUAGUGAGUGGGGAUCGCUGGUCGGUGUGGACUCGGUUUAUCUCGGAACUAAACCAAUCCAAAUCGCACAACCUCCCACUUUGUAACCAAAUGAACCACCUACUGAGCCUAACAACUGAGCCACAUCUGCUGUUGAAGAUCAAAACCCUUUAGUCGUUGAAGUUAGCGGAAUAAAAUCUGAGUAAUGUGUUAAUUUUUUUGUUGUGAGCUUUCUGUUGCUGUGUCGACGAGUCCACCACUGAUUUUUUCGCUUCCUUUAACCCGGCCAAAGAGACCCCGGUUCGAUCCGGACGACGGGCGCUGUCUGUCCGGAGUUUGCACGUUCUCCCCGUGGGUUUUCUCCGGGAUCCCCGGUUUCCUCCCACAUUUCAAAGACGUGCAGGUUUAUAGAUGAAUUGACAUUGUAUAAAUGUGCAAAUUGUCCCUGGAAGUGUGCAGGAUAGCGUUAGUUAGAGUGCGAGGAUCGCUGGCCGAAGGGUCCUGUUUCCCUCGCUGUAUCUCAAAACGAAAAGAAACUAUGAGAGCACACUUGAAAAUCCUCCCCCUCAAAUUCCCACAGAAAAUGUGUGGCGUAGGCCGGAUGCGGAGGCCGAUCUCGACCUCAUCGGGACUUCCGCGGCCGAUCGGCGGGUGGAAUCUGCCCCCCCCCCCCCCCCCCCCCCCGCGUCCGGGGCUCCGGAACUCCAGCACGGGCUGAGCCGGCAGAUUCGUUCCCAUAGCCGACUUCCGAGGCCGACAUUGCAGGCCGGUGUCUCGGCCCCACCGGCGGCCUAGCGGGAACGUCCCAGUACCGUUGGACUCCUCCGGGAGGCCAUGACCUCGGUUUUUCCGGCAAUACGGAUAAUCCGGCUCUGGAACCAAGGGUGCCGGAAAAUGGGUGGUGGACCUGUACAUAACCAUAUUGUUUUUGUUAUCAGUGAACGAAUGAAGGAAGGAACAUACAGAUCCAAAUAAACCUGUUCUGUGUUAAAAGCUCUUUGCAGUGUCUUGGAAUAAGUUCACCUGGAGAGCGACUAAAAUUCUCACGUUUAAGAAAAAACUGCAGAUGCUGGGACAAUCUGAGGUUGACAAAAAUGCUGGAGAAACUCAGCGGGUGAGGCAGCAUCUAUGGAGCGAAGGAAUAGGUGACGUUUCGGGUCGAGACAUAGAAACAUAGAAAUUAGGUGCAGGAGUAGGCCAUUUGGCCCUUCGAGCCUGCACCGCCAUUCAAUAUGAUCAUGGCUGAUCAUCCAACUCAGUAUCCCGUACCUGCCUUCUCUCCAUACCCCCUAAUCCCUUUAGCCACAAGGGCCACAUCUAACUCCCUCUUAAAUAAAGCCAAUUAACUGGCCUCAACUACAUUCUGUGGCAGAGAGUUCCAGAGACCCUUCUUCAGACACGAAACGUCACCGAUUCCUUCGCUCCAUAGAUGAUCUGGCAUUUUUGUCUACCUAAAAUUCUUAUGUGUCAUUGGGCAUUAGAUAAUAGACAAUAGGUGCAGGAGGAGGCCAUUCGGCCCUUCGAGCCAGCACCACCAUUCAAUGUGAUCAUGGCCGAUCAUCCACAAUCAGUACCCCGUUCCUGCCUUCUCCCCAUAUCCCGUGACUCCGCUAUCUUUCAGAGCCCUAUCUAGCUCUUUCUUGAAAGUAUCCAGAAAACCGGCCUCCACCGCCCUCUGAGGCAGAGAAUUCCACAGACUCACCACUCUCUGUAAGAAAAAGAGUUUCCUCGUCUCCGUUCUAAAUGGCUUACUCCUUAUUCUUCAACUGUGGCCCCUGGUUCUGGACUCCCCCAACAUCGGGAACAUGUUUCCUGCGUGUCCAAACCCUUAAUAAUCUUAUAUGUUUCAAUAAGAUCCCCUCUCAUCCUUCUAAACUCCAGAGUGUACAAGCCCAGCCGCUCCAUUCUCUCAGCAUAUGACAGUCCCGCCAUCCCGGGAAUUAACCUUGUAAACCUACGCUGCACUCCCUCAAUAGCAA